CUUUCCCCAACAACCAAUCAGAGAAUAAGAUUCCUUUGUCCCUCACCCGAGCUUCGGAAGGCGGGGGCGGAACUUGUCUCGCCAGAAACUAGCUUCAAGAGAGCGGAAGUACCGCCGGAAGAAGGCCAUAGAGUUUAGCGGCUAGAGCGACCCUGGAGGGAGGUGGCAGGAAAGGCUUGGAACAGCUGCCGGAGGUGACGGAGUGACUGCCCCGCCCAAUGCACUUGGAAGAAGGAGCUUCCAGGUAGCGGCCCGCGGACUGUGACCCAGGGAGUGACUCGUUGCCUCAGCAAUCCAGCCCCACUCUCCUUGUGUUUCCCAUCCUGCUAGCGUUCACGGACCGCCAGCUCCGCGUCCUCUUUCCUUGCUGCUCCAGACGUCCUGAGCCCAGAACCCCCAGCUCAGUGCGGCCAUGAGUGCGGAGGUGAAGGUGACAGGGCAAAACCAGGAGCAAUUUUUACUUCUGGCCAAGUCCGCCAAGGGGGCAGCGCUGGCCACACUUAUCCAUCAGGUGCUGGAGGCCCCUGGUGUCUACGUGUUUGGAGAACUGCUGGAUAUGCCCAAUGUUAGAGAGCUGGCUGAGAGCGACUUUGCAUCCACAUUCCGGCUACUCACGGUGUUUGCUUAUGGGACAUAUGCUGACUACCUAGCUGAAGCUCGGAAUCUUCCCCCACUCACAGAGGCUCAGAAGAAUAAGCUUCGGCACCUAUCAGUUGUCACACUGGCCGCCAAAGUCAAGUGCAUCCCCUAUGCAGUGUUGCUCGAGGCCCUGGCCCUGCAUAAUGUGCGGCAGCUGGAGGACCUGGUGAUCGAGGCUGUGUAUGCAGAUGUACUUCGUGGCUCCCUGGACCAGCGCAAUCAGCGGCUGGAGGUUGACUACAGCAUCGGGCGGGACAUCCAACGCCAGGACCUCAGUGCCAUUGCCCGAACUCUGCAGGAGUGGUGUGUGGGCUGUGAAGUUGUGUUGUCGGGCAUCGAGGAACAAGUGAGCCGUGCCAACCAACACAAGGAGCAGCAGCUGGGCUUGAAGCAGCAGAUUGAGAGUGAGGUUGCCAACCUUAAGAAAACCAUUAAAGUUACGACAGCAGCAGCGGCCGCAGCCACAUCACAGGACCCUGAGCAACACCUGACUGAUCUGAGGGAACCAGCUCCAGGCACUAACCAGCGCCAGCCCAGCAAGAAAGCCUCAAAGGGCAAGGGGCUCCGAGGGAGUGCCAAGAUUUGGUCCAAGUCAAACUGAAGGGACUGUCGUUUCUUCCCUGGGGAUGUGGGGUCCCAGCUGCCUGCCUGCCCCUUAGGAGUCCUCAGAGAGCCUUCCUGUGCCCCUGGCCAACUGAUAAUCCCAGGUUCACAACCUUUUAUCCCCCUACUUCUCUCCCCCACCCCCACACAUAGACCACACCUUCUCUAGGGAGGAGGUGAGUACAGGUCAUGUAUUUGUUGGUACUUUUUGUUUUACGUGACUUGCUUGCGUUCCCGUGUCCCUCUCCCCCUUCCCUGCCAUGCCAUCUUCCCUCUUUUUUAAGAGCUCAGCGUCUGUCUGUGUCUCUUACAUCUGUCACUGAGUAGGUGGGGAGCCCUGACUGCGGCUGCUGUUUCUAGCACAACCCAUAGAUAUUACUUCUCCCCAUCCCCCAUCCCUCCAUGCCUGAUCCCCAGUUCCUACUCCCUGCCCCUAGUCUGUUUGGGCAGCAUCCAGAGAGCCUCAGGGCCUGCACCUUUAUCCACCUUGAGAGUUCUGGGAGCCAGCCUACCAUUCUCAGAAUCACUGGACACUUUCAUGCUCGAAUCCUGUCACACUACAGUGGUGUUUCCUGUUUUCUCUCUUCCCCUUGGGUCCUGGGAAUGCUGCUGCUUCAAUGACCCCAGAGCCCAAGAGCAGCUGUUUCUUGAGAUACUGAAAGUUCUCUCUUGGCCCCGGCUAUCUUAGAAAGCCUGAUAGCAAUCCUGGAAGCAUUUAUAUUUCCUCUCGUGAGUUUGUUGGAGAAGGGAAGGAGAUGUAGAUUGUAUAAAAAAAAGUAUAUAUACAUAUAUAUCUAUAUAUAACAUGACAGAAAUAAAUCUAUGAGAAAUCUUAUCUGCAGACAUGCCCUGAACGGUAUCUUCUGUCUUUGAUAUUUAUGGCUGGGAAGGAAACUCAUUCCCAGUUCACUCUAAAGCAAAAUUCUGAAAAGGGAAGAGAAUCACAUAUUGUGUGUUGAGACCUGGCCCAGAAGCCAGGAGGUUUAGAUCUUUGGCUAAAUAUCUUAAAAUUCAUUCAUCCAUCAUUCAUUCCUGAGCAGUGGACACCUGCUGAGCACCACCAUGUGAUGGGCAGUGGAGGUGCAGAAUGAUGGUCAGUAUCCCUACUCUCAAGAAACUUGAGUUUAGCCCGUUUCCUUCCAUCUCAUAGAAUUAUAAGGGGAAGAGUUGAUAUAAACAUACAUCUUCAUGUUAGAACCAUAAAGAACUGUCAGAUCUGAAGCAGGAAGCCAAAGUCAGGCUCCUGCUUUCUCUCCAGGAUAGAUUGUCCCGAGCAGUGUGCUGGGCGGACUGGUCCCUUGGGCCCCAUAUGCUGCUGGGCACCUGUUGGGGAGCUCUAUUGUAAGGGACAGUUGAGCCCCCAUUUGUUGAUCGGUUGCCUCCAGUGGAUCUGAGUGUUGACUGGGCUCUUUCUGGAGCUCUUGCUGUUCCCUAGCUGGAGAUUUGAGAUGGGCCACCUUUGGUCCUAAAAGUAUCAAUCAUGGAAAUAGAAAGUAGGAGUGGGGUCCUGGGCUUUUGAUUAAAAGUGUGCUGGGUGACCUUAGCAUCUUGUGGGGGCAAGGGAGAUUUCCUGGGACUGGUACCGUUAUUUCGAGAGUUGACACUCUGCUUCUCAUCUUAGCUUUGCCCGAGAUGUGCUUGUUGAGCCCCUUGGGUCUUGAUUCUCAUUCUCCACCUCUGAAAUAAACCCCUCUUCCUCCCACAUCCUCCAGUGUGUAGAAGUUCCUAAUUCCUGGUGCUUUAAGGCUGCCCCCUCCCACCUCUGCCCCUAGUCUUCCUUUGGAACUUAGGAUCUUUUUUUUUCUGUAAGCUUGGAGGAAACCACUGGUCCCAGCUAGUGGUCCCCAAACCUCCAAACCCUCUCUAGUUCUAGCCUUCGGUCAGUGGUUUUGAAGUCUAAUGUGGGCUGGGCUGGGCCUGCCUGGCUUCACCUCCCCCCAAAGCAGGGGGUGGGGUGGGGCCUUCACAUCCCCAGCAACAUACAAAUGAAGCUUGUCUUUGAUUUACAAAGAGAAGACUCUUGGUUGCAUAGGCAAGGGUGAGUUGAGGGGAGGGGGCGGCGGCAGGUUGGUUGGUGAGGACUCAGUUUUUGACAGUGAAAUUUGGUUUGGGAUUUAGGAUGUAAAACUAAACCCAGGGCACCAGGACCAUCUUCCCAACCAGUCACCCACUUGUACACUCACACAUGCUGGUCCCCACUGUAGAGCAAUCUUAGAUGGUUGGAAGAGGAGGAGGAAGAGAACUUGUCUUCAUGAGAGUUCACAGUUUCACACACAUGAAAUGAAUGACACUCAAAAGGUUAAUAAGCCAGAGUCACUGAAGCUAAAGAUGGCAGUUGGAAUGGUGCAUGUUUUGUGCACAAGAAAAGCAGAGACAGUGUCUGUGGUUAUUAUUUUAUGAAAUUAAUCUUGUUAUGGAGGGAUUAGAAAUCCCCCAGUUUGGUGAAUCUCCCAACAUGGAUGGGUAGAAAGGAGUCUAGAGGGGCAUGUUGGAGGCUGGGGCUGGGGCAACAGAGAGCCGCGUCCAGGGAGUGUAUUAGCUAUCAUGUAAAAGAUUACCCUAGAAUUUAGACAGACAUUUAUUGUCUCAUACUUUCUGUGGCUCAGGAAUCCGGGCACAGCUUAGCAGAGGCUUGUGCUUCAGGGCCUCUCAGGCUGCACUCAAGAUGUUGGCUAGGGCUGUAGUCAUCUCAGGGUUCAAAUGGGGCAAGAUUUGCUUCCAAGCUCACUCAGUGGUGGUUGGCAGGAUUCACUACCUCCUGGCUGGUUGGACUGAGGGCCUUAUUUCCGUGCUGACUGUUGGGGUCCAGCCCACACUCAAGGAGAGGAAAUUGCACACGGGAGUAACCACCAGAAUGCAGCGAUCAUUGGAAACUGUGUUAGAAGAUGCCUGCUGCAGGCAGUGUUUCUUGUGAACCAUUAGCAUCAGAAUCAUGGGGAGCUUUUGAAAGGGCAGAUUCCCCACCCCACCCCCUACCCCAGUUCCUAUCAGAUUAGCAUCUCCAGGGUAUAGACUAGAAAUUUUCCCUCACUACCUUCCCUGAUUCAGCUCUGAGCUUUGGAGCCCCACGUAGAUAAGCAGACUUGCCCAGAUCAGUGCCAGCUUGGGUCAGCUGAAAAGGCAUCUCUGCAGAGCCUUGGAGGACAGGUAAUGGGACCCAGGGUUACAGUUUGGGAGAGAAGGACAGGCAGUAUUGAAACAGAACCAGGGAGUAGAAGGAAGACAUGUCUUGGCCCUUGAGGUUUUUCUUAAAUAGGUGGUUAUAUAAUUAAAAGUGUGGUAAGUGUAAAGAAGUAUAAUCUGACAGGAAAGCAUACAAUGGGGGGAUCUAACCUUGCAUGGAAGUCAGGAAAGUUCUCUCCAGAGACAUAAACUGUAAACAAACUAGAAGCCCAAGUAGGAGUUAGCCUUAUGAAGAAGAGGGAAGAUGAAGCAUAUUAAGUGGGAGAAAUAGAGUGCGAUAAAGGCCUGGAGGCAGUGUCUCAUCUAGUACAAAAUGUGUAAUUUUGGAAAUGGGGCAGGGAAUACAAUUCAAUUGUUAUUUAUUAUUCGCUCAUUCAAGCAGUCAGAAAAUAUAUCUUGACUGAUAAAUGAAUUAGUACUCCUCAGUCAAGGAGAGAUGAUGAUACUCAAUUUGAAAUGAAGAACCCAAAAUGAGAGCUGACUCUUAAAGCUCCCAAGUGUCUUUGAAGGGACUUCAAAGAGUUCUACACUCUAGCUAUAGGCAAUGGCUAGCGCUGAGGGUUCCUGGAUGCUAAGUCUCUUCUUUAUUUACACUGUAGAUAUCCUCAGUCUUUGUAUGUAUAAUUGAAUGUGUACAGAUAUAUAUAAAAUGUACCAAAAGUAUAUUUAUUUACAUGGGGAAAAGUCUGAAAUAUAAACCAUAAUUUUUAUGUUAUACCUUCUGGGCCCUGGGGUUUUGGAGGUUUUUGUCUGUUCGCUUAACUCUGUUUUCUAAUUUUUCUACAAUUGCUCAUAAUAGAAGCUAAUAUUUAGUGCUUACUGUAGUCAGGCACUGUUCUAAGUGCUUUAUGUAUAUAAACUCAUUUAUACCUCACAACAACCCUCUGAGGUGGAUAACACCAUUAUCCUCUUCUAAAGAUGAUAAAACAAGUACAGAGAGUUUGUGUAACUUUCCCCAGGGCCACACAGAUUAUAAGUGGAAGAGCUAAUAUUCAAAUCCCAUGUAUAUGUGUGUGUGUACUUCCUGGGAAAUGGAGUAGGCACACUCUACUCUGUCUCUCCCAUACUACUGGACUGUUGAAUACAUAGAGCAGCUGAGAUCUCUGUAAAGUAAAAGGUAGUGUGGGGAGAGAAAACAGAAUUUAAAAUUCCGCUAAGCCAACGAUGAGUUCACCGUUUUUCCCCCUCUGGUAUUGCCUGCCUGGACUCAAAGGCAGCCCACAGCCUGGAAGUGCAUACAGGGUGCAAACUGAAAGAGCGUGGAGAGAAGCUUGGUCUCCUUUCAGGUCUGAGGGACAGGAAAGGGGACUUCUAAGGGCCACAGUAUGGAGUAAAUCCUUUUGCUUUUUUUUCUCUGGAUACUUGGCCCUGGACACAGACAGUUAGUGGAAGUGCAGAGCAGAGAAGGGAAACGAAGGGAAACUAAAGCCCCAACUUUCUGGCCCAAAGACUGGGAAGGAAGUCCUUGGGAAGCCAGAAAGUGUCAGAGAGUAGAGGGAAAUCAAGAGAAUACCCCAUAAAUAAACCUCUGAGCUAUUAAAGUUUUGACCCCAAACAGCACACCUAAGAUUUUGUGAAAUCGGCUACAGGCUAGACCACUGCCUUGUUCUUGGACUAGCCACCAGGGGCACACAAGUAGGACUGGUCCAAAGAGCACUGUAAACACUGACAUUGGAACCCCAGUACACAGAAGUCAGACCAAAACUAGCUGCUUGAACUUAACCUGGUUGAUUGCCUGCCUAAACAAACAAAAUCAAUCAACAUUUUCCUUAUGAUUUUAAGAAGACUCAGUCUCAAAACAACCUUCAGCAUGUCUAGGAUACAAUCUAAAGUUACUACAUGUUGGAAGCAAUGUAGUUAUUUUAGGUUAUUUGUUUUUUUCUUAUUUCUUUGUUUUGGUUUUGUUUGAAAUGUUUUUUAUUGUUUUUUUUAAUUUUUUGAUAAAUAUUAAAAGAAAAAGUUACUCAGCAUACAAAGAACUGUCUAGGACCUUUUUGUCUGUAGGUUCUAUUUUACAAUAAUGGAAAUGGCUAAAGUUGUGGAACUGUAACCCAUGACAUUCUUUGAAAUUUGCUCUUCAACUACUUGUGAAAUCAUACUUUGAAAGUUAUCACUGUUAGGUAUAUAGGUUAAAGUUCACAGUAAAAAAAAAACUGUCUAGGGAAAUGACAACUAGCCCCAAGGUGACAAAGAUGUUGGAAUUUAAAGCACUGACUUCAAAGCAGCUAUUAUAAUAUACUGCCAGGAGAAAGGGAAAACAUUAUUAAAACAAAUGGAAAGAUGGAAAGUCUCAGCAAAGAAAUGGAAGGUAUAAAGAACAAAAUGGAAAUUUUAGAACUGAGAGGUACAAUACCAAAAUGAAAAAUUCACUAUUGGGGCUCAGUAGCAGAAUAGAGAUGAUAAGAGUCACUGAAUUUGAAGAUAGAUCAAUAUAAAUCAUCCAAUCUGAAUAACAGAGAAUGAAUAUGGAGCAGAAAAAAAUAUUUAAAGAAAUUAUGACUGAAAACUUCCUAAAUUUGGUGAAAGACAAACUUAAAGAUUCCGGAAGUUUGCUUGGUGAACAGCAAACAGGAUAAAGUCAAAGAAAUCCAUGCCCAGAUAAUCAUAAUCAAACUGCUGAAAACUAAAGACAAACCCUAAGAGCAUCCUGAGGAAAACAAUGCAUUUCAUGAGGAAUGACUCAAAUGACUACAGAUUUCUCAUCAGAAACUAAGGAAGCUAGAAUGAUGUGGAACAACAUUUUUAAAGCACUGAAAGAAGAUAACUGUCAACCCAGUGAAUGUGAAAUAAAGACAUUCUUGGGUGAAGGAAAAAUAAAAAUUUGUAACUAGCACACUUGCUAAAGGAAGUUCUUCAGACAGAAUGGAAAUGGUGGCAGGAGAAAUGGGGAACAUCAGGAAUGAAGGAAGAGCACCAGCAGUGGUAAAUAUAAUAGAUGACUCCUUUUAAUUUAUUUAAUUUAUUUAAAAUAUAUGACAGUUGAAAUAAAAAAUUAUAACACUGUCUGAUGGGGUGUUCAGUAUUUGUAGCUUUAAUACAUACCAUAACCACCAAAUAAGGAGAAGAGGAUAAAGGGACCUAUAUGGUAGUAAAAUACAAAUUCUAAGUAGAUUGUUAAAAAUUUAGAUUUUGUGAUCUCUAGAGGAGGGGUUGGUAAACCAUAGUCUGCUGGCCAAAUCUAGCCAAUUGUCUGUUUUUGAAAAUAAAAUUUAUUGGAAUAGUCAAACCUCAUUUGUUUAUACAAUGUCUAUGGCUGCUUCUACAUCACAGCAACAGAGUUGAGUGUUGCAAAAGACACUGUAUGAAUCACAAAGCCCAACAACAUAUUUAAUAUGUGGCCCUUUAUAGAAAAAACUUGCCAGUCCCUGCCCUAGGGCAAUCACUUAAAAAAAAAAAAAAAAGAAGAAGAAGAAAAAUUAUAUAGCAAUAUAGGGAGAGAAAAAAAUCCUCAA